UCGUGACAUGGCCUCGAAUUCCGGACGAAUGCGACAACUCGUACGGUAAACGCGGAAAAGUGCUGAUAUCGAUCUCGAAAUGAUACAACGCCGAGUGUGUGAUACACCAACUGUCGUAGUAGUUGCGAUAAGUAUACGGACGUGCAAUUAGAGUUCGGUUCCAAAGGUUAUGUAGAAUCGAAGGAGAUAACGCACGAUUCGCCGUAGACGUGGCGCAGGAGCAGAUUUGAUUGCAGUGUUUCGUCGAAUGCAGUGACGCAAGAAUGGCCGAGGGUCCGGAAUUGAGUUUUUUCGAUUUACGCACGGUGCACGAUAAUUUCGAUCGAGCGCUCAUGGAAAAUGACGAUAUUGAUUUGAAGGCGUAUCUAGACGCCUACAACGAGCUGUACAAAUUUUUUCAGUUAAUGGGCAGUGUCUUCAGUUUUGUGUCUUCUGAUCUGAAGCAGAAGAUAGACGUAUUGACCGAGUUGAGGAACAAAGAUAAUCAGAAUUAUACAACAGUCAAGACCAUGAUCGAGUACGAGAGAGAGAAUAAACUGCUGGAAAAGGCUGAUUUCGUCAACGGCGCGCGUACUUUAUUACGAUUGCAUAGAGGUUUAGAUUUUAUUAGAGAAUUUUUGCGGCAACUGGGUGACCUCACGGACGUCGACAAGACGUCCGGUUGUUGUCAGGACGCCUACAACAAAACCUUGGCGAAGCAUCACCCUUGGGUGAUCAGGAAAGCUGCGAUAGUCGCAAUGUACACAAUGCCAACUAGGGAGAUGUUAUUUAAGAAGGUCUGUGGUGAAAACGUUCAACGAAACAUAGACGUUCUGCCGAAGAUGUUGGAGGUGACUGCCGACGUAUUCGAUCGCACUCACACAGUCUAUGAUACUUAUCAGUUGCAUACGUUACCAUAAGCGAUAACAGAAAGAGAGAAAGAAAGUGCAAAAAAUCUACAAAGGCGAUAAUGCAUUUUGUCGAUGCUUUCAUAGCUUCUCGAGGCACUGCACGCGACAUUCCACAUGCUCGGGAUAUUGUGAUAUACGUGAUUACCGCACUUUUUAUGUGUAAUAAAAUAAGCACUCUCAGUUUUGAGAAUACGUAUUCUUUUACGAGCGAUAUUUACAAUUUUAAGUACACGCGGGCGAUGUACAAAUAGUAGGCACAUAUGUACUACAAUAAGUAUAUUACUUUUUUAUAAGAUGAUCUGGCUUGUGUUUCAAAAUUCACUGCCAAUACUGAAAAUCUAUAGUUCAUGUCACGUAUAAUAUAGAAUUUCAGCACUGAAUUUCGGAACGCAGCCCUGGUCACUUUAGCUAAGCGCGUGCGCGUAAAAUUCAUUUCGCCACACGAACAAGUCUGAGCAUUGCGUCAUUCUUUUUCCGGUCAAACCGAUGAUCUCGCAUGAUCGUAUUAUUUACAAUCUGUAUUUCGAUGUUUCUAUAACAGUAUUGUAUAAAAAUGAUAAUUACAACGAUUAAGCGAGGGAACGUAAUAAAAUAACUACUGACUCUUCUUCAUCCA